GUUGCAAGUAAUAAAGCAGCUGCAGCCGUUUACCUAGAUGUCAUGCGGGGUUGCAUAUAGUGGCCAGUGUAACGCUGAUCUUUCCCUUCGUUUGGGUAAAGCUCGGUGGAGAGAAGGACUAAGAGAGGAGCUCUCAAUAAUAAAAGGAAGACGUGUUAUGUGUUUUUGUUUUGUGUUAGUCUGUAUUGUAAUUGUUCGUGUUUUUGCAUCAUCACACAGUUAAAGCACACCUCCGGAGCUGUCGCCGAGGGUCAGCACAAUCCGAAGCACCACUGCACUGCCGUCACGAAAAAUACCUGCGUUUGCACUCCGCACCAGCACGACUGCACUCACCCGGGACUGGUGCCCGUGUCUUCAUUUUUUGUUCGUCACUGUGCCCUGUUUUGUUAUCUCGCGCUUUACGCAUUGUUGUGUAUAGACGUGGAUUUAUGAUUUUACGGUCACCAGACCUGGAUUACAAAUAAAAGCGCUUUUUCACUGGAUACCGUUGGAAAGAAGGAUACAAUCACUGCUUAACAAUGGAUCUACCUGAAAUACUGAACAGGCUCCAACUCUCAGGUGAGACAGAUGCCCCAAGUCCCAGCCUUCUCCCGGGACUCCCAGUGGCCAAAGUUUUGUCCCAGAUUCAGGAGUUACUCCAAGAUGAGAAGACCUCCAAAACCAAAGAAGAUGUUCUGCAGGACACCAUGCGCUUAUUCGAAUCCGCAGAUAGCCAGUGGCUUUUCUCCAACUGCUGCCACAGUGAAGGUUCAGACUUGGGUAAAGUGUACGUGGAUUUUACUGGAGUGCUUGUCCAGUAUGCUGCACUUCCACAUUGUGAGACAGAAAGCGAGGAGUUGUCUGAGAGCUGGUGUAGCAUAAUCCCUGGAAAGGCAUGCACUGUGGCUGGAGUGCUUCUCCGGCUUGUAAGGAGGCUUGGAGCCGCUAAUGUUGUACUGCCCUGCAGCAGCACAGCAGAUCCUGUGAGGUCACUUCUAUGCAAGCUGCUGCCCCCUGUCUUUGUGUUUUGUGCCGCACACAUGCAGGGUCUUCCCUGGACCAAUGUGCAGUCAGAGCUUGCUGCACGGGAGCUCCUGGCUGCUUCAGUGCAGACUGCAGGCUGUGAGACUCUAACUGAACUGCUGUGUGGAAAGUCAAGCGAUGAUGAUGAUGAAGGCAUUUUGGGGGCUGUCUUGGAACUGCUGAAGCCAGAGAUGAAGAAAGAGACCUGGAAGCUGAACCAAGCCACCAAGCACGUGUUCUCGUGGACCCUGAUUCAGGUGAGCCGGCCCUGGCUUUGUGCUUACCUGGACUGGGUCUUUCCCCCGUCGCUGCUCAUCUCCGACGACUACCGCACUGAGAACAAGGUUCUGGGGGUGCACUGCCUACACCACAUCGUCCUCAAUGUCCCUGCAGCUGCUCUGCGGCAGUUCAACAGAGCCCAUGUGCUGUAUCACGCACUCUUCAACCACCUCUACACACCAGAGGCACACCUCAUACAGGCUGUUCUUCCCUGUCUCUUAGACCUGCUCUCGGUGCUGGAAAAGCCCCCCCAGAAAGCAGGGGAUCCCAGGAAAGCCACCCGCUAUGAUGAGGUCCUGAGGCUGGUUCUGACUCACAUGGAAAUGGAGCACAAGAUCCCCCUGCGGAGGGUCUAUGCCAGGAACAUCCCGCCCUUCAUAGAGAGACUGGGAAUUGUAAUUGUUCGUCAUCUGAAACGGCUGGAGAGGGUGAUUGUGGGAUACCUGGAAGUUUACGACGGACCAGAGGAAGUGGCAAGACUUUACACACUGCAGGCUCUAGAAAACACAAUACAACAUGCCUGGCCUAGAAUGGCUUCCCGGCUGGAUGUGCUUGUGAAGUCCCUGUUGAGGCUGAUUUACGACGUGUCCACAGACUGCAGCCCCACCCCACAGGCAGUGAGAGAGGACCUGCUGCAGCGAGCAGUGCACUGUCUCAUUCUGCUGCACCACUGCUGCGACCAGGAGCUGCGGACGGCUCUUGCAGGAGUUCACCGCACCUGCCCCGUCACGAGAGUGCUGGAGUGCAUUGAGAAGGUUCAGCAGGAUACUCAAUGAGCAGCACGCAUAAUCGAAGACAAGAAGCAAAUGUGGAGUGGUCUAACUAAACUGGAAUGUGAUUUAAUGUCUAACCCAGUAGACAGACUGUCAUUUCCGUGAAAUGGAAACAACUGAAAUUGCACUCAAGUAUCUGUUCAGUGAUGUACAAUAGCAUGUGGAUCUCGAUUCAGGAGUGUGGGAGACUCGUAAUCUCAUUGUCUGGUCAACAAAAUAAAGAAUGCUUUGACA